CAACAGGCUUGAUCAUCAUUAUGAGAGCACUCGCCAUUUUCGUCGUUGUCGUUGUUUCAUUCCUUCGUGGCACAGGUCAGAACAUCAGUCAUGUUGGUUGAUCAUGCUCAAAUAGCGAUCACAUCGCUCGGAUACUCUUGGCGCAACUGACCGCCUUUUCGUGGGUGCUUCAAUUUGUGAGGUAAAUCUAAAGCACGACUAGCGGAACAAACGCACUAUAUCUUCCAUAAAAAAGCAAGACGUUUUUCGCAGCGCCCCUGCGAUCGAAGAAAGCGUCAAACUAAAAUGUACACGACCGCACUCAAUCUCCAAGCAGCAAGAAGCUCAAGUUCAUCUUUCGACCCUUCCCCAGCGGUUCUUCUUCCGACGAGCGAACUUCUGAACAUUUCCUCCACUAAAAACAACGACUACUUCUGCGAAUUCUGUCUGUUCCACCUGGUGAUCUUGUCGAUUCUCGCCCGUGUGUACCUCACGAAGGAGUUCUCGACGAAGGGACUUUCGUUUUUGACCAGGAUGCUCUUGUAAAGUAAGACUCGAUAGUACACUCUAAUACGACCCCCUCCUCGACAGUGUGUACAACAACUCAUUUGAUUUCUCAUCCGCACUUGCAAGCAGCUUCACUGAAGACGCGGGUUUUCUGGCAUUGGCAUUGCUGGUCGACCAGGGGCAGCGCAACAAAUCUACUUCGUCCAGCAACAGCUGCAAGAAGAUGCAGCGCAAAGUGUACACCUCCGCGAAAACCACCAGUGCUGCGCACAGCACGAAUUCCCCGAAAAGAACCGUGCCAACGGCCGGAGGGAAAAAGGUGGAGCAGAAUUUGGCCGCGGAAGCAGAGGCAAAGGUACUACUGUAACUGUUGUUUGUGUUGCAGAUUAUGCAAGAAAAUGAAAAGGAAUAAGUCAAUAAACUGUACUAGUCUGUCCUCGUUGAAAAUAUGUCGAUUAUUGCAAGAACCGCAAUGCAAAGCCAAAGUUCACUUCUCUCAAAAAAUAUCAAAACAGAAACUCGCCCUUCUGAAGCAAGAGCAUGAGAAGUUGUUGGGAAAUAUCACAGGAAAAAGUGUAAACGUAUAACGGAAUUUGUGAUGCAGCAAUGCAUCACUAAACGUGCUAAAAUUUGUCAUGCAUAACAUGCAUACUGGACUACAUUUGUGAUGCAUGAGUGCAAUCUGUGAAAACCGUUCACGUCAACACUUUUGCUUGUGAUAGGAAAACGAGAACAGCUGGCGUACCAGAUCGAAAGCGCACAACAGAGGAGCAAGGAGAUGCAGUAUUGGAUUGUUUUUCGUACAUGAUGUAUUGUGUGUGUGGUUUGUGCAUGACAAAAUACCCUUACAACGCACCUUCCGCAUGACAAAGUGCCACCACGUCGAAAAUAUUUAAAAACAGCGAAGAAAAGGCCUUUCUCGAGGGGGAGCUGAACCGGGUGCAGCAGCAGGGGGAGCAGCAAGAGAAGCAAGUGGAGGAGGAGUUAUCCUGUGCAAAAGUAUCGUACUCGUAGGAAUUGCAGUCAUGCAUUACAAAUCUCGUUCUUAAGGCAAAUCAGCAUGACAAAUUCCAUUUGUCAUGCUGAGCGAAUUUGUAUUGCAUUUACUAUUAGUACGAUGCUUUUGCAAUUCAUAGGAAUUAAAGACUUGCAAAGCGGAACUCGAGACCUCGAUCCAUAAACUGCACUACUCGGCGACCGAAAACGAGGUGCAACUCGGGAACUACGUGGGCUCGGUGUUUGAGAAAACGAAGUCGUAGGACUCGGUGGUGCCGCACAAGGAAGAACAUACUACCGCUGUGAAGUGCUAUGAUUGUAUGAAGAGCUACUUCUCAAUUUAACUUGUACAAACGAAACCUCUCUGCUGGUAGUGGUAGAGCAAAUUAGAUGAAAACUAACCUGACCCACCUAUGAAUGUAUUGUGUAAGAUGAUGGAACUACUGUAUGAUUAUGAUACCAAGUACCCCCCAAAAGAAACUUGUAGUAAACGUGGAUCUUGUAGAUGAAGUUUCUGCACCAGCAGUGGCGCAUUCUGUCGAGAGCCUUUGGUUCUUGUUUCGGUUUUGCAAUCAUUGACAGGACUUUUGACGAGAACAUAACUCUCAGUAAAGAACUUUUCUGCGACUCAACUUGUAACAAGUCCUGAUGACCCCCUACACUGGAAAAA